UGUUUAUUCAGUCAUGAAAACAAAGCAAAUUUUUUGAGUUUGUUUCAGUCGAUGAACAUAAAACUACAGACUGCUCCUUUAAUGCUGCAGUUCAUAGUGUAAUAACGAUGUCAUCAUACACAACAUGUUUGUUCUGGUACCACAUGAUCAAUAAGGGAACUGACAGAACAGCGACUACUUUCAUCAUCAGUUUGCUUAAUUCUCGUGUUUUUGUCGUCCCUAUGAAAAAUAAUAAAUAUUUGUAGUCUUAGACAGUUAGACAGGGACAUGUGGACCUGACAGGGACAUGUGGACCUGACAGGGACAUGAGGACCUGACAGGGACAUGUGCACCUGACAGGGACAUGAGGACCUGACCGGGACAUGAGGACCUGACAGGGACAUGUGGACCUGACAGGGACAUGUGCACCUGACAGGGACAUGUGGACCUGACCGGGACAUGUGGACCUGACCAGGACAUGUGGACCUGACCAGGACAUGUGCACUGGGAGAACUGGUGGUGAAGGACAGAUGUGCACCACCGCUGGAGGAGGUGAAGCAGCGGGGGGGAAGGGGGGGACAGGCCGGGCUGCGUCUCUAAUGUGACCCGCAUGGAGACACGGAGGCUCUGGGGGCAGAGAGUGGGAAACGUCGGCAGCAGUGGAGGAGCUGGUGCUGGUGCUGCUGGACCUCCUCUUCCUCCUCCAUCAUCAUCUUCAUCAUCAUCAUCAUCAUCAUCCCACCACACAUCUCCGCCGUUCAGCCAGUUCAUCCAGCAGCAGCAGCAGCAGACCCACAACAACAACAACAACAGCAGCAGCAGCAGCCUGCAGGGGAGAGGAGGGAGCAGCGGGAGCCGACAGCAUCAUGGAGGGACAGAAAACCUCCUGGUGGGGAACAGUCGAGCGCAGGAGCGCCAUCACCAACACCAGCUGAACACCAGUGAGGAGGAGGAGGAGGAGGAGGAAGAGGAGGAGCGGAUGGAUGCCAGUCUGCGAUCAGCCGCCAACAGCACCAACAACAACCCUCCUCCGAGUGGGACCAGCUCCGGGUUUAAUCAUUAUUAUGGGAAUGGAAGAGGAGGGCCCAGCUUCGAUCAACAUGGCGGACAACAAAGCCCAGGGACGGGGGUAACAGCGGCGCUCUCGGCACACAGCACCAUGGAUCAGGUUCAGAACUCCCACGAAGGGUACAACAACAACAGCCCGUAUAACCACUACCCGAACUAUCGACCCGGCUAUGGGAACAGUGGAUAUGGAGGCAUGAUGAGCCCCUCACGCCAGCCGAACAACCUGCUGGGCCCGGCCGCUGCUAACCACAGCAAAGCGGCUAUGACUGCUACCAGCUCCCCGGCUGGAGGAGCAGCUGGCGGCGGCAACAACGGAGGAUUUCAGCGGUUCCCCGGACAGAGUCAGCAGCAGAUGCACCCGUCCGGAGCCACACCGACUUUAAAUCAGUUGUUGACGUCUCCGAGCACGAUGAUGCGAGGUUAUGGAAGUGGAUAUCCAGAUUAUAAUAAUCCUUCUGCACAACAACAGCCGAGCAUGGGGCUGGCUAAAGACAUGGGCUCCCAGUACGGCUCGGCUGCUCACGGCUGGGGAGGGCAACAGAGGAACCACCCGACCAUGAGCCCGGGGAGCACCGGGCAGGGCAGCGGCCGGUCCCAGGUGCCGCCCAUGGACCCGAUGGCGAUGAAGCGCUCUCAGCUCUACGGGAUGAGCAACAACCCGUACUCCCAGCAGCAGGGGGCGCCGUACUCCGGCCAGCCCUACGGCUCGCCCUCCGCCCACAGAUACCCGAUGGGGAUGCCCAGCAGAGGGCAGAUGGGGAUGGCAGGGAUGCAGUACCCUCAGCAACAGAUGGGUUCUCAGUACAGUCAGCAGCAGCAGCAGAACGUGGGUGGUUACUGUCAGCCGGGCCAGCCGCCAUACUUCAGCCCCCCGCAGCAGCAGCCCGCCGCCCCGAGCCAGCCGCCGUACAUGCAGCCCCGCCCACUGCCACAACAGGAGGUCCCGCAGGAGGCGUAUGGGGGGCGGGGCCAGUCUGCUGCUAUGACUCCUGGGAAACCAAACCACGAGGAGUUGAGUCUGAGCCAACAGGAGAGGCCGUCCAGCCUGCCGGAUUUGUCCGGUUCCAUCGAUGACUUGCCCACCGGUACCGAAGCAGCAGUGAGUUCCGGGGCGUCGGGCUCCGGCAGCGCUCAGGGCGACCAGGGGACCCCAGUCCGCUCCCCCUUCUCCCCCCAUGUCUCACCUCGACUCCCCCCACCGGCUCGCACUGGACCCUCUCCCGUCGCCUCACCGUCCCCCGCUGGGUCCGGCAGCCAAUCGCGAUCUGGGCCUAUGUCACCUGCCACCAGUGGACCAGGCUCUCAGCUGACCCCUCAGGUCUCUGGUCCUGGAUCAGACGUUGGUCCACAGUCUGCCAUGACUCAAGACAGAGGUUUCCCUCCCUCCAUGCAGCGUAGCACCCAGGGGCCUCAGUUUGGCCCCCAGCAGUCAGCACCGCCCAUGUCCCCUCACUCGGUGUCAGGGGGGCCUGUGCACCAUGGCUCCUACCAGCAGGGCGGCUCGUAUGGCCAGUACGGCCCACCAGGUAACUACCCCCGCCCCCCUCACUAUGGAGGGGCCCCCAGUGCCAACUACAGCAGCCCUGGCCCGGGCCCCGGUUUAGCCAACAGCUUGGGGUUGAAUGCCAGCAGUCCCAUGCACGGUCAGGGACCAUCCACCCCGGCGGGUCGAGGACCCGGGCCUGGCCCGGGGGGGCGGCCGUACCCUGCUGGAGGGAGCGCCAUGGCCCCCACCUCCCCCGGCAUGCCACAGCCUGCUGGUCAGGGUAUGGGGCCUCCAGGGCCCAAUGCCAGCCGCAAACUGCCCGAGAUCGGCCCCAACGUCGGGCCAAGUGCCAACUCCUCCUCAUCCUCCUCGACAUCUGCAGCUGCCGCCCAGGGCAGGCCUCCCUUCGCUCGUUCCCCUGCCUACAACCAGUCCUGGCCCGGCGGUCGACCUGCCCUCUCUCCUACCCUUCAGCCCCCUCAUCCUCCUCCUCCUCACCCUCCUCCUCCUCACCACUCCCAGCAGGAAACCUAUGUUCAGCCCAAGCCCACCUUGCAGACCCCCCCUGAGCAUUAUGGGCAGGGCAGCUAUCUGGGCAUGGCACCGAUGGGAGGAAUGGGCCCUGGCGGUCCUGGAGGCCCUGCAGGUCACUACAGCCAGCAACCAGGCAGCAACUCUGGGAGGAUGACACCGCAGGGACCCCCCUACAACACCCCGUCCUCAGGCCCCAUGAUGAUGCCAGCGGAGGGGAUUGGAGCCCAUCCAGAUGUCAAGCAGAGGGUUGAGCUCAGUAAAGAGGGAGUCUGUCCUGCCACUGAUCCACCCAAACCCAAGGACAGCUACAGCUCUCAGUGUGUGUCCAAGCCCCCCACUCCCUCCCCCAUGUCCCCCAGCUCAGCUAGUCUGUCCUCCUGUCACGGGGAGGACAGUGAUAGCAUUAGCAGCCCCGCCUGGCCCAAGACGUCAACCAGCCCCAAGCCCAGCGUGGCCACCAUGACCAACGAGAAGAUCACUCUAAUCUAUGAGAUGGGCUCUGAGCCAGAGAGAAGGUUGUGGGUCGACCGGUACCUGUCCUUCAUGGAGGAGAGAGGGACGCCCGUCCCAAACCUGCCCGCCGUUGGGAAGAAACCUCUGGACCUCUGCAGACUCUACCUGGCUGUCCGAGAGAUCGGAGGCCUGGCCAUGGUGAAUAAAAAUAAGAAGUGGAGGGAGUUGUCAUCACAGUUGAACGUGGGGACGUCCAGCAGCUCGGCCAGCUCUCUGAAGAAGCAGUACAUCCAGUACCUGUUCGCCUACGAGUGUAAGGUGGAGCGAGGAGAGGAGCCUCCACCCGAGGCCCUGGGACCCGCCGGAGACUCCAAGAAACCUCUGUCACUCCAAGCCAAGAUCCAACCGCCCUCCCCAGCCAACUCGGGCUCCCUGCAGGGCCCCAACACCCCUCAGUCGAGCAGCAGCUCCCUGACCGAAGCCCCCGGAGACCUGAAGCCCCCAACCUCUGUCUCCACUUCACACAACCAGAUGGGCCCCCAGCCUGGAAACAGGAACGUGGGAGGAGUGAGCAUCCAGGACCCGUUCUCUGAAGGCAGCGAUCCAGCCUUCCACAACAAGCGAGGUGGCGCCCCUUACCAGCAGGGAGGAGGCCCAGCAGACCCCUCAAUGAGGAUGCAGUAUGAUGCCAACAAAGACCCAUACGGAGGACCAAGGAAAGGUCCGGGGCCCGGUGAGGCCUUUGGUCCUGGUCAGAUGCCUGGCGGUGCCAUGCAGGACAUGUACCCCCGCGGGCCGCCCUCUGGGCCCAUGACAGGGAUGGGCCCCAGACCCCAGUACCCCUACGGGCCCGGCUAUGAGCGGAGACCGGACCAUGUGAUGGGGCCUGAGGGAGGCAUGGCACCCCCUGGAGGACAGAACAACAUGGGUCCGUCUGGAAACGAGGCCGGCAUGUACCCCAACAGAUACCCCCAUCCGAGGCCCGGACAUGAUGGUUAUGGGCAGCAGUAUCCUCACAGCAUGGCCUACAGUUCCCAUCAGCCCCUGUACCCUCAGCAGCAGGGUUACAAGCGUCCGAUGGAGGCUCUGUAUCCUCCUGCGAAGCGUCAUGAAGGCGAAGCGUUUGGCGUGCAACAGUUCGGCUCUCAGCAGCCUGACAUGUUCGGGCCCUAUGGUGGAGGAGGAGGGGGCUACAUGGGCCCCGAGCGGCGGCCGGUCCAGGGCCAGUACCCGUACCCAUACCCACGGGAACGGCAGGGGCCUCCACAACACGCCAUGAUGGGCUCAGGAUCACCAGUGGUGUCUGGGGGCCCCGGGGAGGGGCCGCAGGCCAACAUGUGGCACCCCAGGACUGACAUGGGCUACACAUACAGCCGGCAGGGCCAAGGGCCCCCGUACCCCGCAAUGGGCCGAGGAGAUGAUCAGGAGGGCAGAGCCCCCCAGGACAGCCAGUGGCCCCCCAGUCAUCCAGGCCAACGGCAGCCACCAUACCCCCCGCAGUCCUCCUCCUCCUCCCCCUCGAUGCCCCCCAUGCCCUCCAGACAGCCCUCCGCCUCCUUCCAGGCCUCGCCCACCGUCCCAAACCAUGUGGCUCGCUCUCACAGCCCUUCCUCCUUCCCCCGGCCUCUGGGGGGCUCUCUGUCCCCUAACAGUGCCCCCUACCUGCCCUCCAUGAAGAAGCCGGGGCACCCAGGUGUUCCCCCCGGCCCCCCGCCUGUUCAGAGCCUCCACCUCAUCAACAGGGAGGUCAGCUUCCCCCCCGGCUCUGUGGAGGCCACACCCCCCAAACUGAAGCCCCGACGCCGGCUCAAUGCCAAGGACAUAGGAACCCCGGAGGCGUGGCGGGUGAUGAUGUCACUGAAGUCCGGCCUCUUAGCAGAGAGCACCUGGGCUCUGGACACCAUCAACAUCCUGCUGUAUGACGACAGCACUGUGGGCUCCUUCAGCCUCACACAGCUGCCUGGUUUCCUCGAGCUCAUCGUGGAGUUUUACCGCCGCUGCCUCAUCCAGAUCUUCGGUAUCCUGGAGGAGUACGAGGUGGGAACCGAGGGCCAGAGGACCCUGCUGGGACCCCUGCCCAACUCCCCCACAAAGGAGGAGGCGCUGAAGGAGACGCCACCUACAAUCUCAGAGUCUAACGGCCAAUCAGCUGAGGAGCAGAGAAUACCACGGAGAUCAGCGGAGGAGAUGGAGGCGACACCACCGCUACUUACAGCUGCACCCGGCCUCAUCGCUCAGGAGGAGGUAAAAGAUGGGCAACCUGUUGUCAAAGAGGAGGUGGAGAUGAAGGAGGAGCACCAGGAGCAGAAAGAGCCCCGACCCCAACAGGCCAGCAAGUACGACAAGCUGCCAAUCAAGGUAGAGGAGAAGGGGGAGGAGUGGGAGGAGGUGGAUGAGCGCUGGGCGGAGCUCAGCAGACCCAACGGCUUCAUCAGUGGCCUCCUGCACUGGAAGGCCGGAGGAGGAGACUCUACCGCUCACAUCCAGACCGGGGAGUCUGCCCCCACAAAGAGGAGGGGGGUAGGAGAGGAGGGGAGGAGUCAUGAGGAGGCAGAGGGAGGCGAGGAGAAGAACCUGCCAGCCGGUGAGGAUACACCACCUGAAACACAAGAAGGCUCCCAGUCGGAGGUCAGAGGUCAGAGUCCCAUCAGCCAGCUGGAGGACGAGCCUCGCUGCUGGGACGAAGCUCCGCUGUCCACAGCCGAGUCCUGGCAGGACUCUCUGGCCAAACGCUGCAUCUGCAUCUCCAACAUCGUACGUGGCCUCUCCUUUGUGCCCGGCAACGACACCGACAUGUCACGGCACCCGGGCCUGGUGCUGAUCCUGGGCCGGCUGGUGCUCCUGCAUCACCACCACCCCUGCAGGAAACGGACACCACCCAGCUACCAGCGGGAGGAGGAGCAGGGGCUGGCCUGCAGCCGGGAUGAGUGGUGGUGGGACUGCUUGGCGGCGCUCCGGGAGAACACCCUGGUGACGCUGGCCAACAUGUCGGGCCAGCUGGACCUGUCGCUGUACCCCGAGAGCAUCUGCCUGCCCAUCCUGGAUGGGCUGCUGCACUGGAUGGUGUGCCCGUCCGCCGAGGCCCAGGACCCCUUCUCCUCAUCGGGAGGAGUCUCCUCCCUCACCCCUCAGAGACUGGUGCUGGAGUGUCUGUGCAAGCUGAGCAUCCAGGACUGCAACGUGGAUCUGCUGCUCGCUACGCCACCCUUCAGCCGUCAGCAGAAGCUCUACGCCACGCUGGUGCGCCUCGUGGGGGAGAGGAAGAGCCAGGUGUGUCGGGAGAUGGCGGUAGCCGUCCUGUCCAACCUGGCACAGGGCGACUCCACAGCAGCGCGCAGCGUCGCCCUGCAGAAGGGCAGCGUGGGAACUCUAAUCGGCUUCCUGGAGGACAGCGUGGCCAUGGCUCAGUACCAGCAGAGCUCACACAGCAUGCUGCACGCCGCCGCGCCACCAGAGCCACCAAGCGUCAACAUGAUGUGCCGUGCUGCCAAGGCGCUGCUGGCCAUGGCGAGGGUGGAAGAGAACCGGACGGAGUUUGUUCUGCACGAGAGCCGGUUGCUGGACAUCUCGUUGUCAGCCGCCCUCAACUCAUCUGUGGCAGCCAUCAUGUGUGAAGUACUGUUUAAAAUCGGCCGCUCGUGACACAAACACCGCCACGGAGCACGCUCAGUGGCGCUAGAAGCAGCUCCGCCCAUGUGAUAGACUGGCUCCUAUUAUAUUUUUAUUUAAAGAACAGAACACAAAUGUUUUUACAUACAAAUGAAUAUAUAUAGAAUAUAUAAAGCUCCUCGGCUCCAUCCGCAAAAUGUUUAUUUGGGAUUUUUAAGUAAUUUUAAUACAAAAAUAUUUAAUACUUGUAUUUUUAAUUUUUUAUUCUUUUGUCAGUUUGUUGUUUUGUUUUAACCAAAGUGUGAUGGUGGAGAGCACUCGGGUCUCUUUAAUGUUUUUAAACAGACGUGGUCGUUCCUUUCUGUUUUGGGGGGGCGGGGUUAGUUAGAUUUUGGAGGCGGGGUCAGAUUUAUUUAAAUAAUGACAUGUUGUAGAUAGGCCUCUCUUUUCUCAUGUGGUAUGACAGGAAACACUGAUGUUCUGUUGUGUACUUUGUUUUGGUGCAAUAGGUUUGUUUGGGCGUUUUUUACUUUAAAUGUGAAUCAUUCGACCAUCUGCAGUUCGACCAUCAGUAUUUUGCUGAACCACGACAGUAUCAAGCAUCGCUUUCUGUUUAUUAAUAACUUUCUAUGUGUCCUCCACCAAUCAAAUCUCAAAUUUCCCUCCACCGCCAUCAUCCUCCUGUAAAUAGACGAUGUACAUUUGACUCGGUGACGGUAGCUGGUGAUGAAUGAUCUUCUGCUCACCUGAACGUUUCCCAGCAGGUGAACACUUUUUUUCUGUAUUUAAGGAAGAUUCCUCAGUUUCAGGAUAUUUUGGGGGUCUGAUCUGGGAGGGUGCGUUUGCUUUGAAAGACUGUAUGUACAGGAGGUCAAGGGGAGGGCGGGACUGUACUCAUCAUGUUGCUAACAGACACAACUUCAAAAACAGUUAUAACAAAUGUAAAGAGAAAAAAAAGAAAAUCUCUACAUCCAGAACGUCUCCUGUUUGAUUUGACAGACGUUGUUUCUUCAGUAUGAGAUCUUUAUAUGUUCCACAACAAGAAUAAACGUACAUGAACUCUGGUUGAGCACUGUGAA